AUGGCGACCGUUCCAAACGAUGCACCACCACUGCAACCCAAAACGAUACGCUUUGUCAAUAAUCAGGGCCAACCGCCACAGAAGCGAAGGAGAAUCAAUGCGGCAUGUUUGACUUGCCGAAGACGAAAAACACGUUGUGCGGGCGAGCAUCCUCAAUGUUCAACGUGCGUCAAGAAUGGCCAUAAGUGUCUCGGAUACUCCGAUGUCCCGGAGAAACCACUUAAGAAGGACCCGGCCCCUGGGGGCAGCGUCGGCUCCGAAGUGGCCGUGAUUGACCAUCAAGACGGAGAGUACUCGGAUGACGAGCUGCCCGGUCUUCACAGACAUGACAAUUGGAAACAGCAAAGGAACGGCCUCGGUCGUCGCGACACAGAAGACAGCACAUCCUCAUCACGUCGGUUGUCCGAGUCUGCACAGCAGCAACCCGCCACGCAUUCUUCCGUGCGACUCAAGUCCGAGACUGUGGAUUGGGAGGAGUCGCAGUCGCUUGCCCAUCAUGGACAUGGAGCUGGUAAGCUACCACGAAGGCCAACAACAUAUGCGCGACACUCAUCAUUCUCUACCCAAGAUGGACGCAGCCCUAGUGUGCGGUCGCCGACAUUGCACCACAACCACUCUCACACUGAUAGCUAUCGCGUUCCGUAUUUCAGGUACUUUGGGCCUACUGCAAUCGUCCCGGGCUUCAAGCAAAUGGUCGUCAAGGUUCACGAUAGAAGACGCAGCUCCAUGUCAGCCACCUCUCCUGGCUCCGGUGUCUCAUUUCCGAGUAUCAAGUCAAUACAAUCCGAGCACGAGUACGACCAGUUGGACGAUGUUCCUGUUUACGAUCCUCAUGAUUCCAGUCCAGUUCAUCGGCUCAUCCUCGACUUGAUCGGCGUCUUCUUCUCUCACCUAGGCUGCAACUACCCAUUCUUGCGCGAAGAAAAGUUUACGCAAUGGGUCAAGGAGAAAAGAGUUGAGCCUAUUCUUGUUGAUGCAGUGUGCGCACUCGCAGCUCGGUUCUCGGAUUCUCCGAUUCUCAACAGAUCCAAUGGCAAAAAGUCUUUCAGAGCCGACAAUGGUCAUGUGUUUGCCCAGAGAGCAAAAGCAGCCACCGUAGACACUUUCCCCUGCCCCUCUGUGGCGGCUGUGCAAGCGUGUCUGCUAAUGGCUUACGAGGGCUUCGGGGCUGACCAGGAUAGUGCGCUUUGGAUGUAUCUCGGCCUAGCCAUACGCAUGGCGGUCGACCUUGGUCUGCACAAGAAGGAUGGCGUCAAGUAUCAAGGUGAGAAAGAUGCCUGGUACACGAGAGCCUAUAGUCGCCAGACAGAUGAUCAUGACCACGGCGCCAGCUUGAACAAACCCAGUGACGAGGAUACCCUGAGCUUGCAAGAGCAGCGGGAGUUGGAGCAAGAGAGAAUGGACACUCUUUGGACUGUCUUUAUGCUCGAUAGGGUCAUAUCGUCGGGCACUGGUCGGCCAGUCACUCUUCGGGAUGUUGAUUUUGAGCUUGAUCUUCCCACGAUUUCUGCAAAUCUGGGGACUACCCACCCCGACCCGUUUCCGACACUCAUCCAGAUGAUUCACUUGUAUGGCAGAGUUUCCGAUGUCCUCAACGAGAUUGUCAAGCCGAGUGAUCUCACCGACGAAAGAAUGAACAAGCUUAUUGUCCUGGAGAAUGAACUCACUAGGUUGCACCGGAGACAGCAUCCAAAUUUACAGUUCAACGCCGAGCACUUUCAAGCAUACGUUCAGACAGCACAAGGAACAAGCUUCAUCUUGCUUCAUCUCUGGUUCCAUGCAAUGAUUAUUGUACUGCACCAACCGGCACUUCUGGCGCCCUUGAUCCAGUAUGAUCAGGGUCGAGAACUAGGAUCUCAGAGUCGUGAGAUAUCCAUGUCUAGUGCCAAGACAAUUGCUGAUAUACUGGCAUUUGCAAACCUCAUUGACGCCAAAAGUUUCAUUGGCAAUCCCUUCACGUCCCAGCCUAUAUAUAUAGCCGCAUGCGCCUUUCUAGUCGAGUCGGAGAAGACGCACGCCUCGCAGCCCGUGUCGCGAGCCCCGUCUCCUCAUCCCGAUCGUGGUUCGUGGGCCACCCCGCGUUUCCAGGAUCGCAGAGACGGGCCUUUGGCUGAUGCUCGUCCCUCGACACGGCAUUUCUUGCUUGCGUCAGCCGCAAAUCAGAACUAUCAGGCCUGUUACAAGGCAUUACAGCAUAUGCAUACCUAUUGGGGCGGUGUACGAUAUAUACUAACAGCCUUGGACCAGAAAUCCGAGGGCAUAUGGGAUUGUGAAACUUACACGCGUGAAGAAUACGAGAGCGCCAGGCUGCCUCGACGUGGAAGCUCUCUGCAACGGCUCAUGGCAGCAAAGGCUGAGCAGUGCGCUUCACCAACGCCGCAGCCGGUUGCUCCCCCCUUGGCCUGGUCCUUGACCGGGACAACCAACACACCGGGUCCUAGUCUCACCCUCUUGUUCCCUCCAAACAGCACAAAUCCGGUGGCAAACGUUCCUUCAGCAUCGGCCCAGACAGCAGCCCCUCCGCCACCCCAGUCUGCGCCGACUCCUCCUGGCAACAUGAUUUACGAUCCAAUCCGCCAGAGUUUGCCCGAGACUUCGCAAAUGUAUCCUCCUGCAUACCCUCAGCCCAAUACGUCGGCACUGCGACAUUCCAUGACCCAAGCUUCUUCGCGUCAAUUGUCAGGUACGUCAGGUGCAGCCAAUCAAGGCAAAUCGUGGCCUCGAAUUGAUGCCAUGCCCCCUGAUAAAGCAUCCCACGCACCGACUACUCCGGACACCAUCAACAGCUUUCAGAUAGACCCCCCUUCUCAGCCUCGUGCCUGCAUGCUCCCGCAAAACCCUCAUACCCCGUCAUCGCACCCAUCUCCAGGAUACGAAGCGUCUAACUUUCCAACAGGAGCAUCGCCGACCAGCACAAUGACCGACUUGACGGUGGCCCAGUCGCAUGGAGGAACCAAUGUGAACUCGAGCAACACAUCGGUCACGGCCUAUUCUGGAGACAUGGCAACGUCUCACUUUACGCACAACGGCUUGGCAACGGGCACAUUUACCUAUCUCGAGUCGACAGGUCAAGGAAUGGAUCUCAUGACGUUUGAGAACCAGACGGAUUUUGGACCAGCUCUCGGCAGCUUCGAGUCGUCAGACAUGGCCAGUUGGCUUGGUAAUUGGGUGCCUAGCGAGAUUAUCAACGACUUGUAUGAAGGUUCUUUCAUGGGACAAUAG